CCCAGACCCCCAGGUCCCGGCCAAUGGAGGCGAUUUAGACUGGAGCCGGACCGCGUCUGUCAAAAGCCCGACUCGGCAGCAGCGGCAGAGUCCAGAAGGGGAGCUGGAGCCGCAGCGCUGCUUCCCCGCCCCCGCCGGGAUUUAUUGAGUAUUUGGACUGGACAAUUAAGUGGCCCUGAUGAUGUUACCAAGCCCGGUCACCUCCACCCCUUUCUCAGUCAAAGACAUUUUGAAUCUGGAGCAGCAGCAGCAACAGCACUUCCACGGCGCGCACUUACAGGCGGACUUGGAGCACCACUUUCACUCGGCGCCGUGCAUGCUGGCCGCCACCGAGGGGACGCAAUUUUCUGACGGAGGAGAGGAAGACGAGGAAGAAGAGGGCGAGAAACUGUCCUAUUUGAACUCACUAGCCACAGCCGACGGCCACGGGGGUUCGGGGCUCUGUCCGCAGAGCUAUGUCCACACAGUCCUGCGAGACUCGUGUAGCGGGCCUAAGGAACAUGAAGAGGAGCCCGAGGUCGUGAGGGACCGGAGCCAAAAAAGCUGCCAGCUGAAGAAGCCUCUGGAGGCGGCCGGAGACUGUAAGGCGGCGGAGGAGAGCGACAGGCCCAAGCCACGCAGCCGCCGGAAGCCCCGGGUCCUCUUCUCGCAAGCCCAGGUCUUCGAGCUGGAACGCAGGUUCAAGCAGCAGCGGUACCUGUCCGCGCCCGAGCGCGAGCACCUCGCCAGCAGCCUGAAGCUCACGUCCACGCAGGUGAAGAUUUGGUUCCAGAAUCGCAGGUACAAGUGCAAGAGGCAGCGGCAGGACAAGUCCCUGGAGCUGGGGGCGCACGCGCCCCCGCCGCCGCCGCGCCGCGUGGCGGUGCCGGUGCUGGUGCGGGACGGCAAGCCGUGCGUCACGCCGGGUGCGCAAGCCUACGGCGCGCCCUACAGCGUGGGUGCGGGCGCCUACUCCUACAACAGCUUCCCCGCCUACGGCUAUGGGAACUCGGCCGCAGCCGCCGCCGCCGCUGCUGCCGCCGCCGCCGCCGCCGCGGCCUACAGCGGCAGCUACGGCUGUGCGUACCCGGCUGGCGGCGGCGGCGGCGGCAGCGGGGGCGGCGGGGCUACCGCGGCGGCCGCGGCCAUGCAGCCCGCCUGCAGCGCGGCCGGAGGCGGCCCCUUUGUGAACGUGAGCAACCUGGGCGGCUUCGCCGGCGGUGGCGGCGCGCAGCCCUUGCACCAGGGUGCCGCGGCCGGGGCUGCGUGCGCGCAGGGCACCUUGCAGGGCAUCCGGGCCUGGUAGGGACGCGGCGGCUCACGCGGCGGGCGCCCCACUGCAGCCUGCACCGCGGGACUGAAGCGCGAGAAAGGCUGGAACCCAGGGCCAGGUCCUCUCGUUAAAAAAAAAAACAAACACAACCCCCCUACCCCCCAAUACACAUGUUUCGCUCCCCAGGGCCCCGGAACCCAGCUCUGGCGAAGCCUGGGGAAGGGGGCUGCGGGACGAGGAGGAGGCCCGGGACCGGUCGCAGAGACUGUCUCAGAGGCAGAAACUCCGGCUGGGUGCCGGGGAGGACAAUGGCCCGGACUCUGGCCCCGAAGAGGGUGAGAGAGGCUGGGACUCUGGCUGCCGCUUGCUUCUUCCAGAGCAAGAAGGCCGUCUUUCCCCCUCGGCCUUCCCGCGGCCUCCUCGAAAUGUCGACAGAAAGCCCAAGGACAAAAA